CUAUUCGUCCGUCUAUCCGUCCGCGCGGGAGAUCUAGAUCGGCGUUAGCAAGGGCUCGUCUCAAUGCCACCACCCACGCCCGCACUCACCUCCCAACUGACCAGUACAGCCCACUGAAGACGUCAGCAGGUCUAUCACCAACGACUAUCAAGAAGAGAAGAAGAAGAAGUGAAGUUGAAGUUGAAGUCGAGAAAAAAAGGCCUUUGAAGUCUUUCCCUUUUAGGCUCGCUCGUCAGGUGACUUGGCCUGAUCACGACAUCUGCAAACAGCGCAAACUCGGCUCGACUUGGUAAUUCUUUUGCUUUUAUUCGACGAGAAGAAGAAGAUUUAAAGAGAGUAAAGACUUUGAGCUCUUCUUUAUGUUGUGAUGCUGAAGGAUCUCGGUCGAGACAGCAGAUAGAGAAGAGUCAGAGAAGAAGAGAAGAGAAGAAGAAAAGAAAAGCUCAGGUUCUGCUUUGCUAAGUGCGGCAUUUGCAUGUUCUAUUGCGUGAUCACCCUCGGCCCAGCUGGAUACUAGCAGGCUUUCACAGAGACAGACAGACAUAGAGAGAGACGGCGGGAUUACAAUUAGUAAAAGGUGAUUUGUCAGGAGGAAGCAGUAGUGAUGGUGAUAACAUAAAGUCUACGCAUGGAGAGAACAUAAGUUGAUAGAGCCUCAUAAGUAAUAGCAGUUACCUGAGAACCCAGAGUCAUGAUAGCGAUAGUGAUAGACAAGAAGGCAGAAGACAAACAAGACAAGAUCCAUCCAGAUAAGAUGACCCGUAACGCCAAAGAAGAAGAAGAAGAUCGGUCAGUAGCCAAUUCGCCAUGCUGUGCGUGUGUGCGUGUCCAAGAAGUAUACAGGUCGAUGUACAGUGCGGUGCGUAGUGUCCGCAGGGGCAGACCAGGGGGUAUAUAUAGUAUAUACUCAUUCAAACAAAAAGUCGAAGGUGAUAGUGUGUAGCUCAUCAAAACUCCCGCUCGUCCUGAGACUGGCCGUACAUCUUCAGCGGCGGGACAGUGCCGGGUCUAAAGUUGGUAGUGGCCGGAGACUGCGGCAGAGAGUGCGGGUGGUUCUGCGGCUGCGUCGACGGCGUCAGGGGCACCACCACGGCCUGCAGCACUCCAGGGGCAGGCAUAGGCGGACCGGUACCUGACCGACGCCGCCUCUCUCGCUCAACGGGACCGCUGCUCUCCGUGGGGACCAUGCGGUAACUCGAGUUGAGCCGCCGGUUGACGCCAAACAUCCAGUCGUCAUCUUCGUUGCGGUCUAGCCAGUACCCCUUGCCAACAGAGACCAUGGCCCGGCCCAGCUUGCCCUUCCAGCCCUGCCCGUCAGGACAGUCCGGCAUGAACGGAUUCUGGUUGGUCUCGGGGUAGUCUGUUGUGCUAGUCGUGGCCGUGGAGCCAUUGCGCUGGUGCUGAUACUGCUGCUGUUCGGACCGGCGGUAGAAAGCAUGCAGCUUCAGACACUGUCUCGCAAACGCCAUCAUCACAAAGACAAAGUACAGCCGCACCACCCACAGCACACAUAUGAUGGCCAGACUAGGCAGGCUCUCAGGCUGCAACAUGCCCUCCUCCAGCGCCGAACUGCCCGACUUCGCCCUCAUCGUGGCCAGCGGCAUGUCCUCCGUAUCAAACGAGACACUGUACCGUCGCUCUCUCCCAUGCGGUGGUCCUCCGGCCGUGAAUCCAGCCGAGUCUUUCAUGGUCGACCCGCCGGGCCCUCCGCCGCCCGAAAUCAUCUGGAACCAGGUCACGGCGAACCCGGCGGUGUACGCUGCAUUCACCACGCUAUCGAUAAGGUAGAACCAAGCGAGGGCGAGACACUGCAGCGGCGCCUGCUUGCGGAUGUACGGCGUCAGGAAGACGGUCAGGCCCAGCGCGAGCAUCGAGUAUAUGUACAUCGACAGCUGGACGGGCGAGAGCUCGAAGCCCGUCAGGAUCGAGAGCAGGCCAUAGAUGCCGAUGAGCUUGUUAAGCAGCAUCGAGAGUGCGAUCAGCGUAGCGCCUGUCUGCAGGCUCAUGAUGUAGAAGAAGGACUGCAGUUGAAAGCGUUAGUUCGUUUGCAACGGCGUCACGAGAGCAGUUGAGAUCCAUGGAUGAUGCCAUUUACCUGCGGCCGCGGAGCGCGGAGGAACCGGAACGACAAGAAGCCCAUGGUCACUCAUCAAGGGGCGUAUUUUAGCAGGCAAAACAGAGAUACAGGAGAAGAAGACGAUGAGAAAGAAGAUGAAGAUGAAGAUGAAGACGGACUUCGACGUCAAGCCG